UAUCAACAGCGUCACUCCGCGCCAGCUGACCCGCUAAACAGUCGCUCCGCGGGGCUUCAUGGCCGAACUGAACCGCACCAACACCGGACACUCCCUGCAUCAUUCCCCGGGUACUGGACGCGAUUAAAACCGGAGCUUCAGUCACAAAAUCCACAUAAAUAAGAGGUUAAACAGCGCGUUAGCACCAUCUGUUCGCUGCACAGUUCUCCAUAUCCACAGUUCCGUCAACACACCGAGCGCUGAACGGCACUAGCGGAAAUGUAGUGUCUCUCCACAUAACUCCCUCUCUUAUUUACUUUGUUUAACCUCAAUAAAUGCUUCUAUUUAAUCACAAAACAUAGAAAACAAUAGGUAAUUUAUAUGCUAUGACUUGGGAUACCUAUAUUUGCGUGUAAGUCACUUGAUCUGUCAGAGUAAACUAUGUUCUGGACUCCAUUUCCCAGACUCCCCCGCGGUCUCGUACACGCUCAGUAUCAUGGUUGAACAGUGUUGUGAAUAAAGUCACCCUGUGCUGGAGUUGAGCUGAGCGGAAUGAGACUCUGCUGCUGCUGAACGAGUCCUCAUAAUGAUCGUGUUUGUGCGCUUCAACUCCAGUCAUGGUUUCCCGGUGGAGGUGGAGACGGGGGCGAGUGUAGCGGAGCUGAAGGAAGCAGUGGGGCGUCUGCAGGGUGUCCAGCCUGAUCAGCUGAGGGUCAUCUUCGCUGGUCGUGAACUCUCCAGUGACUCAACACUACAGGGCUGUGAUCUUCCCGAGCAGAGCACUGUUCACGUGGUUCUUCCUCCGGCCGGUUCAGCGCGGCACUCUGAGCUGGUGCUGCAGCAGAGGCUGGGCAGAGGGGUGAACAGUUUGACACGGCUGGACCUCAGUGCCUCACGGCUGCACGCCACCUCCACUGGCCUGGCUGUCAUUCUAGAGACAGACAACUCCAGCACAGUGGACCCAGACACACAAACAGAGCCCAAAGCCCACAGCAGUUUCUACGUCUUCUGUAAGAGCGUGUGCAAGGCGGUCCAGCCUGGGAAGCUGCGCGUCCGAUGCAGAACCUGCAAGCAAGGAACCCUUACACUCAGUCGGGGGCCGUCAUGUUGGGACGACGUCCUUCUCCCAGACAGGAUUCAUGGCGUGUGCCAGUCUCAGGACUGCGAUGGCCGAGUGGCGGAGUUUUAUUUGAAGUGUGCAGCUCAUCCCACCUGUGAUAACGACACAUCCGUAGCGCUGGACCUGAUUAUGGGUAACGUACGUCACGUCCCCUGCAUCGCCUGCACUGACGUCAUGAGUCCAGUGUUGGUGGCUCAGUGUGCUGAACGUCAUGUGAUCUGUCUGGACUGCUUCCACCUGUACUGUGUGACCAGACUGAACGACCGGCAGUUCAUCUUUGACCCAAUGGUGGGCUACUCUCUCCCCUGUGCCGCAGGAUGUCCUGAUUCUCUCAUCAAAGAGGUGCAUCACUUCCGGGUCCUGGGUGAAGAGCAGUAUGAGCGGUAUCAGCGUUACGCUGCAGAGGAGUGUUUGCUGCAGAUGGGGGGAGUUCUGUGUCCUGCUCCAGGCUGUGGGGCUGGUCUGCUUCCAGAGGAGGACCGCAGGAGGAUUCAGUGUGAGCUGGGUGAAGGCCUGGGCUGUGGGUUUGUGUUCUGUAGGGACUGUAAGGAGGAGUAUCAUGAGGGCGACUGCAGGCGGAGGACCACUCCAGCAGCAGGAGGUGCUUUACAGGGCUAUGUGGUGGAUGAAGAAGCUGCUCUGAGAGCUCGCUGGGAGCAGGCCUCUCAGGACACUAUAGAGGAGACCACCAGACCCUGCCCCAAGUGCAGAGUGCCUGUGGAGAAGAACGGUGGCUGUAUGCACAUGGUGUGUCCUCGUGCACAGUGCAAGUUCGAGUGGUGCUGGCUGUGUUGCGUGGAGUGGAAUAGGGAGUGUAUGGGCAACCACUGGUUUGGAUGAGUCUCUCACACACACACACACACAUGAACUACAGUGGCACGUACAUGUAUGCUGGUUGUUGUGCUUCACAAUCUUAUUAAAAUAUUUAUGCAAACUCCA